AUGGUGAAACCCGAUUUGAGAAAGCUAACGAAAAGGAAAGGCAGUUGCGAGACAUGGUGGAGUCCAUUGGAGAGUUUGUACAAAGGGUACAGUGAAGCUCGCGAUAAAGGUUCCGUACCCGCAAGGCUUAAUAAGUUGGUUGAAGUGUAUGACUCUUUUUGUGAUGUUCGGGCUGAAAUUGAAAUAAAUCUCGAGCAGUACGAUGAACAAGAAGAGGAUUCGAAGGAGCUUUCCGAAGAAGCCCGCAAGCAGAAAGCAGCCAAAGAGAAGGAGCAAAAGUACUUCAGCUUGAAACAGUCGUUAGAAGCAUUCAUGCAAGGUCCUGGUUCAAGUAUUCAGCAGUUUCCUGUACAGCACGCCAACGGCCAGACUCCAAUGCCAGCCAUGCGUGUCAAGCUACCUGAGUUGAAGUUGCCGACGUUUCGAGGAUCACUGAUGGAUUGGGUCACAUUCAGGGACACUUUCAAAAACCUGAUUGUUGACAAUCCACACUUGAACGAUAUUGAUCGGUUCACCUACCUUCGCACGUCGUUGGCCGGAGAAGCGCUACAGCAAAUCGCUUCGAUUGACAUCACUGCGGCCAACUACUCCGUAGCGUGGAGAACACUUGAGUCGCGUUACGAAAAAUGA